AUGUUGAAGAUCAAAGCAAAAAAGGUUGUCAAGAUGAGUUGCUUUUCGUGUUGUUCAGGAGAGAAACUAAGCAGAAAGUCAUUGAAGAAGAGUAUUAAGAAUUACAAGGACACAAAAACCUUAGCAUCAUUUGCCAACCUCUCCUUCAAAAGUGAUAGCAGCAGGAGAAGGUACAUAACAGAAGAAAUAAAGAAAAUUGGAAAAGGAAAUAUAUCUGCAAAGAUAUUCUCAUUCCGGGAAUUGACGGUAGCAACUCAAAACUUCACCCUGGAAAAUCUGAUCGGAGAAGGAGGGUUUGGGAGGGUGUACAAGGGCCAACUUGAAGAUAAGGAUGUUGCUGUUAAGCAACUUGACAGAAAUGGGUUUCAAGGGAACAGGGAAUUCCUGGUGGAGGUUUUAAUGUUGAGCCUUCUUCACCAUUCUAACCUUGUGAACUUAGUUGGAUAUUGUGCUGAUGGUGAUCAAAGAAUCCUGGUCUAUGAGUAUUUGGCCAAUGGCUCCCUGGAAGAUCACCUUCUUGAUUUACCAGAGGGAAAAGCUCCUUUGGAUUGGAAUACCAGGAUGAAAGUUGCAGCUGGUGCAGCAAAAGGGCUAGAGUACCUGCACGAAACAGCAGAUCCUCCGGUGAUAUACCGUGACUUCAAAGCAUCAAACAUAUUAUUAGAUGCUGAGUUCAAUCCAAAGCUGUCAGACUUCGGGCUCGCCAAGCUCGGUCCAACUGGGGAUAAAACUCAUGUCUCAACCAGAGUGAUGGGAACUUAUGGCUAUUGCGCGCCUGAAUAUGCGUUGACAGGACAACUCACAUCAAAAUCUGACGUUUACAGCUUUGGAGUUGUGUUCUUGGAGAUCAUCACAGGGAGGAGGGUGAUUGACAAUUCAAGACCCACUGAAGAGCAGAAUCUUGUGACUUGGGCAUCGCCAUUGCUCAAAGACCGGAAAAAAUUUGAUUUAUUGGCAGACCCAUUGCUGGAAGGGAAUUACCCACAAAAGGGUCUUCAUCAGGCACUUGCUGUAGCAGCAAUGUGUCUCCAGGAGGAAGCUGCAACCAGGCCAUUGAUGAGUGAUGUAGUGACAGCUCUCGAGUAUCUAGCCACGAACAAAGAUGUGGGUCAAGGAGGUAUAUUAGACGAACCUGAAGAGGGCGAAGAAGAUCAUAUUGAAGCUGAUAGCUAG